AAUGAGUGACCGUUAUACUAUUAAUAAAAGCGAACUUGUAUGUGCAAUAUGCGUUGAAUCCUGGGUCGAGAGGGAUCCAAGAACGCUACCGUGUCAGCAUACAUUCUGCCUUGGCUGUCUAAAGCAAUUAAAAACGUCACACUCGAUCGAAUGUCCCAUUUGUCGUCGGAAAGUGAAUGUUCCCAAUAGGGAUGUCAGUUUUUUCCCUAAGAGUUUGCUUUUAAGCGCUAUUGAAAAAACGAGAACUGAGGAUGAAUUAUGCUCUGAUCACCAGAAACAAGCGUUCAAACCUCUUCUAUCUUGUAAAACUUGUAUGAAGACGAAUUUGUGCAAUGAUUGUUUAGAACAAGAUCAUUCUGGAGAUAGAUGCUGUAUUGUAACGCUAAGUUCGUUGCAAAACGGAAUGGCAUCUUUCCAGAACAAAUUCAAAGCUUUGAUCGACAAACAGAGGGAAAAGGAUAAAAGAGCCCAACAUCUUUUAGUUACUGAAAUUGAUCGAGUCAAUUCAGAUUGCCGAUCGAAAAUAGAUUCAUAUUUCGAUACUAUGAGACGAAAGCUAAAGAAAUAUUUCGAUAAAAAAGAUAAAAAGUUGAAGUUCAGUGCCAAUGAAAACGAGUUCUUGUUUUUGAAUGAAAAGGAGAUUGAGAAAAGGAUGACAAUUCUAUUAAAAGAGCCACUACCAGUCAUAGACUCUCCAACAAUUUCGUAUUCGAAUAUCAUAAACUUUUCUUUAUGUCAGAAUAUGGUUGAUACUUCCCAGAAGAGUUUAGUGAAAGUAAAAGAACAUGAUUUCGUGAUUGAUCAUGUUAACUCGUUUAGUGUUUCAUGUGAAGGAUUUUACUACACAAUGAACAAUCAGCUAGAUAUCUUGUACUACAAACCCUCACCAACUGCAGAUGUUGCACCAAUUUUUCUAGAUAGAGAAGUUGGCAAUUUUGUUGUAACGACCAACUUUAUGUACGCUAUAGAUCAUGGAACUGGUUUGCUUUUGAAUGCUAAGAAGCCAUUCGGGCAUCGUAUUACUCUGGAACUCUUUGAUUUAACUAAAGCAUGUGCGUUGAGAGCAUUGGAAGACACGCAUGGUCAAAGAUAUCUGAUGAGUCAUUUACCAGACGUAAAAGAAUGUAAAUUUUUCGUUCAUGACCAUUUUGAAUGGUCUUUUUCCGAAUGUAAAGAUCUCGGUUGUCUUCUACACAAUGGUUAUCCUCUCGUUAGAACAACAUCAGACAAGUUAGUGAUACUUGAUAAAUACAGCGGGGUGCCAAUCAGAAGUGUAGAUUGCCCGCAGUACUCUGUUCAACACGAUAUCUCACCGUAUGGUCUUCUGAUGACAAGUGAAACUAUUGUGAAUGAAAGUUGGAUGGGACUCUUUCUAUUCGACUACAAUCUAAACAUGAUAAGAAAUAUUGACAAAUUCAUUAAUUGUAGUAUUUUAGGAACAACGACGGAUGGAACAGUUGCUAUUUACUCUUUCGAACAUAAACUACAAUAUUUCGAAUUUCAGUAG